AUGGUGAUCCUGAUGCAGGUACUACGCUGGAUUCCAAUUUGCACAAUGCUUGUGAUGAUACAAGAAUGGCACCGGACGCUAGCGCUGCGAUUGACAAACAUGAACGUCCCGGAGGUGGUCGACUACCGUGAUACGAUAACGCUGUCCUGCAGCUACGAUCUGGGCGCCCACCAAUUAAACUCCGUCAAAUGGUACAAGGGCAAUAAGGAGUUUUACAGGUACGCGCCAAUGUUGUUUCCAAAGGUAACAACCUACCCGGUGGAUGGCAUCGUCAUCGCGACCGACCGGCCAACCAUCUGCAACCAGUAUCUUUGCUCGAUCCGGUUAACCGAGCUUCAGCGUUCCUCGAGUGGCGAGUUCCGGUGCGAAAUAUCAGGUGACGCGCCCGAGUUUAAACUGGCAAACGGGACGCGCAACAUGACGGUUGAGGUGCUACCACAGGACGAUCCCACCAUCAACGGACUCAGUGCCAGCUAUUUACCGAACGAGCUCAUCGCCGCCAACUGUACCUCCGAUCGGUCCAGUCUCGCCACACGACUGCUGUGGUUCAUCAACGGUCGUACAGUUCCGAUGGAGUACUUACAGCAACAGCAGGAGACAACGCUCGAGAGCGAUGGCUUCUACCUGCGUUACCGCACGCUGGAAAUGCGUGUACCAGUAGAUAAGCUUGUCCAGCGCGAAUUAGACAACGUUAUCCAUAUCAAGUGCAUGGCCUCGGUGGACGCGAUACCGUCGGUCGGCCGGGAAGCGAAGGCGGUGGUGGCGCUGCGCAGCCAUCGUUCGUCGUUGUUUGGAUUCGGUGGCCAUAGCCGGGCUGCUGGCCGGAGCAACAUCGUACCGAGGCUUGUUCUUAAUUCCGACCUGAAAGACGCGCAAUCCCUUCUACUACUGACAUCAAUUGCCAUCGCCAGCUGGCGGUGGUACAGUGGGCAGGAUCAUCGAUUCCUACUAGACAACCGACCCUGAAGUCAAAUCAUCCGUUAUCGGUUUCAGCUGUGCAGCAGCAAUUAAACGGCAAUUUAACAAAACGUACUGCUCCACAACUUCGGCUGGGUUCCAACGGAUGCCAGCACCAUUCAUACCAGCUGUUAUCACUCCAGUGAUGAUCUUGAAAUGGUAUCAGUAAAUGAAAAGAACAAUUUUGUUUUAGCCGUUGAGGGGAAAACAGACUUUCAGUACACGAAAAGGCUCUCGUAUUUGCCACAAUUGUCGCACCCAAAUAAGCUGUUAAGGCUAGGCUAAAUUUCAACCUUCCAAUGGAUCUGUUCUGGCAGUCCCAUUGGCAGCGAUACAAAAUUCUCAUCUAAUAUCACCGGUACCAGACUCCUUCGUCGUACGCUAGAAUUGGCCAAGGCAGCCAAUGAUGACAGACGACGGUCUCCGUGGUCUCCUAGAACUACCGAGAGAAGCAUUCAAACUAAUUGAAAAGAUUGAUGGAAUGUAAAAUUGAUGGAAACAGAUUGAUGCAGACGGAGAAUGCUUCCCCCAAAGGUUUAAAACACUUCCUUUGCCCUUUCCUUUUAUCCCCGUACAGCAGAAAAUGAUGAAAUAUUUGCGCCAAACAACAACAUCAACAACAACAACAACAACAGCUUCACGUGCUACCAAUACACACAUUAAAAAAGACUCACGGCUGUACCAUCAAGGAAAAGGUCUCCCCGAUCAAAAUAAACAACUUUUUGGGUAAAGUUUGGGCAGCAAACAUGAAACACGUUGUGUGUACUGUUUUCAAAAAAAACCCUUUUUGCAACAUAAAGAGAAAAAAAAACGAAAUAGAAAAGCCGAAAAUAUGAAAGCGUACAUUUGAAUCAGUGGACGGAUGCACGGGAAAGGAAGCGAAAUGGUAACGCAAUGGUACGGCAAGAAAAAAGAAACUUAGUUUAGAAGAAGGAUUUGUAAAUAUUGGAGUUCAGCGACGAAAAGGAAAUUAAUAAACAUUCAUUUACACACCCUUAUAAAGGGGAUCAAGCCAACACGCACACACAGAAAACACACGAAAUCACGAAAGCAGCAAUGGGCGGCGGUAAAUUCGCAGCGAAAGUAAAACAUAAAGUAAACUUUUUUUCAUGGCAAAGAUAAGGCAAUUACAUUAUCACGCACACUCACACACACACACAAACAAACAUACAUAUACACAGCAACAGUCACACACUUGCAUAAGAAGGAGCGUAUGUAACAAUUUGCGCAGAUGAAACCAAACCAAACAACAAGAAAAAAAAGGGAACGAACAGUUCGAAAACGAAACGAGAACAGCAAAAACAAAUAAAAUAAAAUGAA